AUGCAUACUUUGCUGGUACGAAUUCUUGAGCAUCGACAACUUUCACAUGCUGGACAAUUGUUUACGAUAUCAGAUUAUGAUGUCAUUACCGAUUUGCAUCGAACGCUGGCAAAGAUCAAGUCAAUUUUUAAUGCAUCUGAUUAUUGUCGUAAUGCGAACGAUCAAAGUGUGGUAGAAAUUUCCUUGGCUCGUAUUACCGCUGCAAUUCGGGAAACCAAUAGUAUUGAAACAUAUGCUCCAGCACUAGUAGACACACUUGGGAACUGUUUGAGUCAUGAAAUGUCAACAAUAGAUUCAGAAGGAACUGUUGUGGAUACGCCUCAUUGCAAGAUCGCCUGUGAACUUCUGAACAGCCUUUUUCUGCAUUACAGUAAAAAAUCUGUAAUGACAGUAACUGUGCCAACAGCAAUUCGAGCACUUAAUUGUGGUAGUGACGAAUUAACUCGAAAUACAAGUGGAUAUCUAUCAUUAGCUGCUAUUCAUAAUGCUCGUCUAUUAGCACAAUAUUCGUUACAGAUCAUUACUAAUAUACUUAACGGUAAUGUUUCACUGGUUAGAGUGGUACCACAACUUUAUCCAGAAAAUCGUGAACCGUUCCAUGCUCACUUUGCACAAAUUCUUGGCUUACUUCAAAGUGAACUAACGGACCAAUCAGAACGCCUUUCAAUUCUCCAGCUUGCAUCUAUGGUUGCCAAUGCUAAUCCUGAUCUAAUUCUCAAAUAUUUGGACGAUCUCGAUGUUUUUCUAUUUCAUUCGCCUACUCGUACUGCUGUUCUUCAUAUUUUUCUUUCACUUAUCUCGUUAAAUCGAACAUUUGCUCUUGUUCCACGCUUAGGUGCAUUACGUGAAGCUGUUAAAAGAGCAGAUUCAGACAAUACUUUGGCAACUAUGGCAAAAAUAAUUGGUGUUAUUGGCCGAAACGAUAGCAAUACGGCGAUUGUUGCCGUGGAUGAUCUAAUUACGAUGAGUCGUCAGCUUUCUGACUCACUUCCUGUAAUAUUGAAGGCAAUUGAAGGUGUAGCUGAAUGCUUCCCAACAGCAAUACAUCCAUAUUUAGCUUUCAUACGAUCUCUCCCAGAAACACGUCCUUCUAUAUCAGCAGUUUGUGCAAGAAUAUUAGCAUUUAGCAGAAAUUGCUACAUGUAUCCAACAGGAACGCCAUCAGCUUGUGCUGAUAACGCAUCAUUACUGAAUGUCACAGAGAGCAAAGGUGGGCAACAAUCAGAUGAUUCAAUCUUUUCGAAAUUAUCCUUCAAAAAUGAUGCCCCAAUCAUCUCAAGUGGUGUUUGUACAACAGUAAAUAUCAGUGAUUCAGCUGAGCUAUCUGCACAAGAACUGGACAAGAAUACAGAAAAUCUUGCAAAUGCUUACAUGUGUAGCAAAUUACGAUCCAGUUGUUCACUAACUAAUCAUACUAGUCGGUCAUUUGGUAGUCUAAAUCCAUACAUGGAAAACGUUGUAGCUGCAGAUAUGCCAUCUCGCGAUUCCCCUUUAUCCAUAAUAUCUUCAUCACAAAGUAAUCGAGGUUGUGAUGGUGUUUCUUUUGUACCAAUAUGUCCACCACCAUCGUAUCAACCUCCAAAAAGUCAAACAAUGCCACAAACAUCACCUUUGCCUCUGUUACCGACUGCUGUACAGAUAGGCAAAGAUGGACGUGUACGACCAAUUCCAGUGCAUCAACGACGUGGCAAUGCGGCGCAGUGGUCACCAUCAUCAGUAACAUUACCAAGUGGUACCGUGGUAUCAGCAUCAAAUAGUAACGCUGUUCCCAAGGCAACUGCUAAGGCUGUCACGGAAACAACAUUUCCAGUAAACAGUGGUCCAAUUGUUUCAAAAUUAGCUACUGGUAGUUCUGUUCCGAUGAUGCAUCCGUUUUUACAGCCUCCUACAUCGAACGAAUAUUUAUCAACCAAUCAUGCUGCAGUAGUAACAAAUGUUGCCACUGCAGGUGAUGCUGUAUCGAUGGACGUCAUUAAUGCAUGUGGAAGGAAAGAGAAAAUACAAAAUAUGGAUGUGAUGGAUCGAGGUGAUGUGGUUCGACAAUUUGUUGAUCAUCGUCGAGGCAAAAUACAAAAUUAUAUUCAUAAUAUUAGUAAAACGUAUCCGAUACCGGUGCUAUGUAUGAUUGAAGGAACAAAACAUCGAAUUCGGGUCUAUUUCCAGUGCCAAGUAACUGAUGAUCAUUGUAUAUACGAUUCCAAUAAUUUAUUCAGUUUUAAAACACAUUUUGCCCCUAUUUGGCUUCAUCUCAUGUUUUUGCAGAUGGAAACAAAAAGUAUAGAGACUAGUGGUGAAGUGAUUGCUCAGAGUUCUGAUGCAUAUCAGAUCCUUUCUAACUGUUGGUCUUCCUUGCCUUCUGCUCAAACACGAAAUCGUCCAUUUUCUGAGCUCGUUACUUCUGCUUUUCCUGCUCAAAAGGAGCAACAGCAUAUCAUGAAAGAACUUCUCGAUUCUCAUUAUUUCGAUUCUUUUUCAUACAAUACCACUUUUGAAAAAUGGUCUUGUUUCAGUUGUAAUCAUCCUGAACGAGUCAGGACAAUUAUACGACCAGAUUCUCCACAUUUACCGGUUCUGGAGGGUCAAUUAAAAGAAAAACGGGGAAGAUGGAAAUUCUUGAAACGUUGGCACACAAAAUACUUUACGUUAUCCGGUGCUGCAUUAAUGUGUAGAGACGAAGCAUCAGAUCCAACAGUGGAUAAAAUGAUAUCACCAGCACUUGAUUUGAAAAAGAUACGUUCGGUGAAAUCGCUUGGCAAAGGAAGAAAGAGCCGCAAGUCACUUCCAAAAGCGUUUGAAAUAUUCACUGAUGAUGAUAUUUCUUAUGUUUUAAAGGCUAAUGAUCAAAGCAAAGCUGAAGAAUGGAUACAGUGCUUACAAAUAGCCAUAGCGCAAGCUCAUAAAGAUCGCUAGUA